AUGGGAGUCGACAAACGGCUAAGCGUCGCCCUAGAUGAAAUGAAAUGGGCGAGAGAGACCAAAAAAAAGAAAAACGCUCUCCCGACCUCUUCUCGGGGCGGCGGCGAUACCUUCCCUAGUCGACGGACCACGCCGACGGCCGCCUCCGGGAAGCCACCACGCCGCGGCCUCCGCAUCGCGGUUGAUCAUCAGAUGGAGCAGCGGCAAUCAAUCACCAUGUCGAAGCUAGACAGUAGCUGUGUGACCGUCCUCGAUGACUUGCCAGAGUCGAUCAUUGCCGGGGAGAUACUCAUCAGGUUGCCAGCAGAGGACAUCCUUCGCUGCCGUGCUGUGUGCAAGUUGUGGUGCCAUGCCACCUCCGCCCGCGACUUCCUUCUCGCUCACCACCGUCGCCAGCCCUCGCUCCUUCUCAUCGAUUGCCUCAACCGUGACAACAGAUUCUAUGACGGCCAUCUCUGCGUCUUCUGCGGUGACCAUGCCGGGGCUACCAGCUGCAAGCUCCGACCCAUCCUCUGGUAUGCUGACCACAAGCAGGAUGUAGACAGCCUCACUAUCCAUGCUUCCUGUGAUGGCCUCCUCGUCAUCUCUUACAAAGAUCGUGGCAGACGCUUCGAUAUCUGCAAUCCAACGACCCGCCAACUUGCUCCCCUGUUGCUGCUUCCUGGACCAAAAUGUUGGCAAAGGCCCGAUCAAGCGUUCCUGCAUUGGGAUCUAAAAGAACGGUACCACUCUGACACCAGCAAAAUUCUACUGUUCAACACUGCUGAUGAGACGUUUAGGUGGAUGAGCCGUCCCACCGGAAUGAGCUUUUGGACAUUGUUGUUGGAGAUUGACAGUGUGGUUGCUAUGUGCACCAGUUCCGAUGGCAUUGUUGUAGAUAUCCACAUGAUGCAGGACUAUGAGGCUGAGGUCUGGGCCUUCAAGUAUCGGAUUGACCUAUCUGGGCUGAAGGCGUCCCUACCACCUGAUCUAAGGGUGAGAUGUUUACGCAAGAUUGCUGUGCUCGGCAAGCACGAGUUGCUCAUCGAGCUUGAUGCUGGGCAUAUUGUGCGCUGUGACAUUGAUGGUAAGUUUCUGGGACACGUGAAAUGCAGUGAGUGUGAGGAAAGCCGUGUGCACAUUACACCAUAUAGCUUCCAGGAGAAUAUCAUUCCACUUCCGUUCUUGGAGAUGCAAGAAGAUUAUGGGAUGCCAGAAGCAGAAGAUGAUGAUGAGACCCACUAUUUCAUCUGGCCAUAUCCAUAG